AUGAACUCGGAGACCCAAGUUCUGGUCAAAGAGGAAGUCGAAAAGAUGUACAAGUUGGGCAUUAUCAGGGUAGCCAAGUACAAUAAGUGGCUGUCCAAUAUAGUGCCUGUUCGCAAGAAGAAUGGCAAAAUCCAUCCGUUUUCCCCACUGUUGAAGUUGCAAGGACAGAAUGAGUUUGUUUGGGAACCUAAACAUCAAGAGGCUUUCGACAAAAUCAAGGCCUAUCUGGCGAGCCCGCCAGUGCUUGUUCCUCCUAAAGCGGGAUUUCCAUUAAAGUUGUAUGUUUCAGCAGCUGAGGCUUCCAUUGGCAGCCUCCUCGCUCAGGAUGAUGCAAAUGGUGUUGAACAUGCCAUCUUUUACCUCAGCCGUAUUGGCAAGUGGGUGCUCGCCUUAUCAGAAUUCUCGCUACAGUAUGUGCCACAGAAAGCAGUAAAGGGGCAAGCUAUAGCAGACUUUCUAGCACAUCACCCUAUGCUGGAUGUCCCUGCGGUUAGAGAUUUAGAGGUCGCUGCCACAACUUUAGAUCGCCCGGAUUUAGCGUGCUUGCCAGAGUACGCCGCGCUUUAUCAAGCCACAGUCUCACUCCAGCCUUGGGUGCUAUAUUUUGACGGGUCAAGAACAGAUACGCUAGCAGGAGCAGGGGUUGUCUUAGAAAACCCAACCGGCGAUCGAUUUUCCUACUCUUUCCAGUUGGAGUUCCAGUGUACCAAUAACCAAGCAGAGUAUGAGGCCCUCAUUAUAGGCCUAGAAGUACUACUGGAAAUGGGAAUCGGAGAUGUACAAAUACUUGGCGAUUCUCUCUUGGUUAUCAAUCAGUUGUGCAACGAGUUCAGAUGCAAUAGCUUCACGCUAGUUCCUUAUUGGAACAGGGCAUUAGACCUGUUGGACCAGUUUGAUAACAUACAUCUUGAGCACAUUCCUCGCGAGCGAAAUUUUGCAGCAAACGAGUUGGCCUAG